AUGUCUGUCGACGUCGUCGAGAAGAAUCUUAUAGAUCUUCAACCCCAGGGUAACCCCACAGGUCCGCGCUCUCUCUCGCAUUACCAACGCAGUGAUAGAAAAUGCGUUACAGUGCAAAUAUUGCCGUAUACUAGACCAUACGUGCUACCUUUUUCGAAAGUUUUAACUGCCGAUGAUUUUAUAAAUGUGAUAUCAACUUUACCAGAAGCGAGCGCAACCGAUGCAGCUGAAGUCAAGACAAAUCUUCAGAAUGGGAAAUGGAGGAUAAUUGACGAAGCUGGAUUGGUGGUUAGAAUUCAGGAUUGGGAGGACUUGGCAGGUGAAGGUGCUCAGGUUAUUGUUGAUACCAAUGGGGGCGUCAAGAGGGAGAGUGAGAGGGUUGAUGCUCCCCCUCCUCCUCCUACUACCGCUACUACUACUUCUACUUCUACCACGGUAGUCAGUGCGGAUGCUGGGGAACCGGAGGUUGUAUCUACGAAUGGGGAACAGGAAAAAACCAAACCUGCAAAGCAUGCGGUGGACCAGCUGGCUAGUCUUGUUACGCGUGCGGCAAAAGACGAGCCGGAGGAGGCGAGAGAAGAGAAGGAGGAGGAGGAGCGGGAGACAACUGAACCACAUCCUCAACAGCAGAAAAAGGCAAUUGAAGAACCACGGAGACAAGAAUACAGGGAGAGUGUAUCUCAGGAACAAGCGCCAGCCGCGCCCGCAGGUGAUCCUGAAUGGGCCUCUUGGGACGCUACUAAUCAAAAAUCACAGGUAGCUGGAAGCGACUGGGACACCACCGGUCCUGUCGCUCCUGUAGACGAAGGUUGGGGUUCUGGUAGCGUUUCUGCUCCUCGAGAUUCCGAUUGGGGUAGCUCAACUCCCCGAGACUCGGAAUGGGGUACUACUAGUAGCUCUGCCCCCAGAGAUUCUGACUGGGGCUCCAAUUCUACGUUUCACCCUCGCGAGAAAGGCAGCGCCACCACCCGCUGGCCUCGCAAUUCGGUUUCCAAUUCCGACCGAUCUAGUUAUAUCCCUCGAGAGCCCAGUACCUCAAAACCUUACGGCAAAACCUGGAAGGUCCAACGCUCAACAAGUCCGAAUGGAUUUUCCAAGGGUAAAUUCCCAAAAAAAGUCCACCUUACAUUCUACGCACCUUUCAAACUGCCUCGAGGAUUCCCACCGACCCCGCAGCCGCUAUAUAAUAGGUUUUCAAUUCCACCAGAGACUACAAUGUCUCAAGUAGCAUUGAAGGUUCUUAGCAGACAUCCAUUCAGUAACAUGCCAGUCCCGAAUGGAGACUUCGAGCCUGAGAAUCAUGUUUUUGUAUUUUUAGAGUUGAAGGAAGAGGUUGUUGAUGGGAAACGAGUCUUGGAAAGAGGAAGGAUUAUGAAGGUUCUUGGGAGAACAAGCAUGGAGGAAAUGGGGCUCAGUACUGAAGGUGGGAUGGAGGGUUUUGGGAGGUAUUAUUUCAUUGUUAAGGAUUUCUUUGCAAGGGAUCUGGAUUUUGAAGGGAUUGAGAGGAAUUGA